AUGACUACGCCGUCGACCGGUGCUUCACUGAUGGCGGAGCAGGUUCUGUGGAUGGGUUGGUGUGGAAGUUGUCAUCUGGAAAAGUUACUCGGUGUCAACGCCACGGGUUCAUGUGAAUUGCAGCGUGUACUCCCGUUCCUGGCCCAAAGCAUUGCCUUCACGCUGGAUGAUCCUGAUCUAGCAUACAGCAUGGGAGGUGUACCAGUCAACAAGUCCGCCAUGGGCGUGCCGUUCGAGGUGCUGUACGAAGCCUUUGUUGGUGCUUUCGGGCUUCAUACUUUGGGUGAGCCGGUAGGAUUCUGGUCCGAGUUGGAGUCUGUGUCGAUCUGCCUCCCGAUACUGGAAACCAAGCCUGUUUCCUGUUUCAAAACAGGUAGUCUCCUCCUUUCCGGAAGAAACCUGACCGUCUCGUCCAACGGAUGCGUGGCGAGUACCAUGUUCUAUAGUGUUGACCCGUCUAGUCAAGGUGCUACAGUUGCUGGAACACAUGCCACUGAGUUUAGUGACUUUGCAGGCUUCGCAGGCCAGACACAGAAUGACACCUUCGCUUUGACGUGUUCCAUCGACCUCCGGCCCUCUAUCGCGAUACGCCGACUCAAGUUAGCUCGCUACUCGCGGAAAUAUCUCGAUAAGAUCAACUACAAUUUCCAGUUUGCGGUCACUAGGGACAGGUUCAAUGACUUACCAUGCCAAGGCAACAUGUCGCUUGAUUGGAUGUCGACAUCCACCGCUCUGGCGGUUGGUGCUUCCGCUCCCUGGCAACUCCUUCGGGAGCGAAGCCAUCUCGACGGACACCUCGACACGCUUCUUGCUACAACGGUUAAUUGGAAUGAUACAGUAUCUAGAGUUAGCAAGUUGGAGGCAGGAUUGUGGGUUACCGUGGCCAUUGGAAUAGGGAUGUACUGGGCUUCCGGGCAAGGGAACGAUGGUGAGAAGGUCGUGUCGAUGGGCGAGUAUAUGUUGGAAGGACUACGAAUUGGACCUUAUAAGUGGUGGGGUCUUGUGUAUACUUUUCCUCUGCUGUUUUCUAUUCUUGUUCUUGCUGUUUUGCUGUGGCAGACUCGCUCCCGGUCAUAG